AGCCCACUCAAAUAUCCUGGUGAAACUCCAUGUGCAGAAUCUUUGCAUCCUUCCUUUGUCUUGGCAGAUUUGGGCAUUAAGAUCUUGUAAGUUGAAAGUAAAGAAACAAGGAGAAUUCACUUCAAACUUUCUGAAGGUUGCUAAGUCCUACUCUUCAUAGAAAUAGCUAAGAGAACUCAGGUACGGUGACAAAUCUUAUUCCCUUCCACUAUAUAUUUUCGGCUAUCAUGCUUUUUUUUUUUUUGAAAAUCUCUUAGUUGACAUGUAAGAUGCAUGAGAUUUUAGCAUACUGAAGAUAUCUGUCGCCGGUCUCAUGAAGAAUAAGAAUUUAUCAGAAAUCUUCAGUGAAAAGAUAGAGGCACUUCACCCUCUUGCAGAGGAAUAUUUUUUUUUUGCUUCUUUGUUGGACUUCCAUACAAACUUUUUAAGCCCUUGAAAUUCCUGAAGUGAGAUUCUUUUCAACCUUACUGAUAUUCCUCGUGGAACAAUAACUGAUUCUUAUAGCAGUGUAGAAACUCAAAGCCAGCUCCAAACAAGGCAAAGCUAACUAUCAGAUUUCUUUUAUAUAGCUAUUGCACAACUGACCAAGAGAUUGAUGUAGCUAGCUACUGUGUACUUCCACAAUUUAUGGAAAGUAUAACAUUGUGUUGCUUAUCAUGCUAAUAUGAGACUAGCAGUAACUUCACUUACCAAUAGGCAACCAAUAAGGUGAUGUAUGUAUUUUAUCUGUUAACAUCUUAUGUAUAAGAUAUAAUGUAAAUAUUUGAUCGAAAACAAAGAGAGAGCUCCUAUGCUAUUGUGUUAAGCAACCACAGUCGUUCUUUAUCGCAAGCUUUGACAGUAGAUGAUAGGAUGCAAAAUCACUGACAUAAAUUAUUUUCGCACAGAACCCUUGUCCUUGUUGAAUUGGAAUGAAAUUGAAUGCAUUUUUAUCAUUGUUUUUUAUUUUUUUUUUCUGUGGUAAAUUUACUAUUUUUCGGAUCGCCUGCAUAAAUAUUGUUUGGGAGCUUUCUCUUGAAGCAAUUCAAAAAAAGUUGAAACGCCGUGGCAAGGCCAGAGAUAUGAAACAAUAUGACAGAGAAUGCAUGAAGAUUGCCAUGUUAAAGCAGGAAGAAAUCUUUAGAUAUCAGGUCCAUGAACUCCAUCGUCUGUACAAUAUCCAGAAACUGCUGAUGAGAGAAAUGAAGAAGGCUGACAUGAAAAGGCAAAGGUAUAAACCAACUGACGGAGAAAGGGAUGAAAAAGGCAGAGACAGUAAAUGUGAUGACUACUGUGACUGGAGGCAGCAGCCUCGCCACCUGCUUGACCUUGCACUCUCAGCAGAGGAAUACAUAGAGAGACACAAAGGAGAAGUCAUGCUCACCAUGAAAGAGAGUAAUGAUCUUGAGCUGAAGCUUGCCACCGGAAGCAACAGAACUCCGUCAAAGAAAAAUGACACGCGAUUUACUUCUGAUUCAGGUUCGAGCUUUUCUUCAUCUUCAAAUGAUUCCGAGUUCAAGAAACAAGUAUUCACAAAGCUGAGAAAUGAUAGAAAGGGUGGGUGUGAUAUCCAAAAACAAAUGAGGAAGGAGGAGAUAAAGCAACCUAAUUGGCUCUUCCCGUGUUCCAAACAGGACAUGCUGGUUUCUUUUGGAUUGUGAUGGUAGUUCUAGACUGUAUUUGAAUGCUUAGUACCACAAAGUUAGUUCAAACUCAAAGUGAAUGAAGCACACAAUCUCACUGAAUCCCACAA